AUGCCCCUCACCGACCCGGGGAAAAAAUGCACAGUAGGUCGUCCUUCUGAAAGGAAGAGAAACGUCCGAGCCACUUUUGGUAAACACUUACGACAAAGAGAUGUCAACCUGGAGUAUAUUACGCCAUCUAAUGUUGCUUAUGUGGAUCGCAGGGAUGGCCUCGUACACCGUGGCCUUCGUCACUCCACUGGCCUCUUCCUUGGCUUUCCAGAGAUCGAGAACUGCGGUAAUGUGGGAGUCAACGAAUCCAGCGACGGAGGAUCCUCACGUAACAAAAAUACUCUUUGUGGAAUGCGUCUUACGGAUCGAGAUGUGUGCUUUUCACUAGGUUUCGGGGCGGAUGCGCACGGUCAGAAUUCAACCAAAGCGGCAGUACGUGCUUGUCGGAACGCCAUUGAAUUUAAUCAGAUUCCAUCUAUUUCCGAUAUUGUCCCGGGUGGACGGGACAACAUGAAACUGGACGUACUUCUGGCUGUACCGCUUACUUAUCAGGACGGCUUGGAUUUGAAUGUGAUCCGAGCUUGUUUUCCGUACGGACAAGUACGGUUCCAAAUCCAAGACGGUGGAAUGGUGGCAACCAAUGGCAAGGCCAUUGCGAGUAUGGGCGACAAAAAUGAAGACAUGGUGAUUGUUUGUACCGCCGUUACGGUGGGUUACUAA